AUACAUUGUACCAUGGUCAAAUCUAAUUGACCUAGAACAAUGCUAGUUUUGUUUAUUAUCAUUUUGCCCUAACAGGUGUUUGGCCGACUUUCUGCUCAACUAAAAAAAUGUUAAUUAGGGUGAUUUACCGUUUAGUUACAUAUCUAUUUUCUGUCAAUUGAAACAUUUAAUUAGAUUGUCAGCCAUAACAAAUUAGCUAGUUUGUUUUUUUGGAUUGAAUGUAUAAAGUGAAUGUAAUAUUUUAUAUUAUACUGAAAAGUUUUUUUGUAUUGUAAAAGUAGAAAGUUGACUCACCAAAAGAUUGACUAAAUGUUCGAUAUAAAAGCAGUUCACACUACAAACAAUUAAAUGUGAUAUAGACGACCUACUGUAAUGGAGGAAGAGGUUGAUUCUGACCGUCAAAAAAGUUACAGAACUGCUGUGAGUUAUGAUGAACAUAUGAGUAGCCAUUUUCACUCAUGGAAAGAAGAUUUCACGGAAAAACCAGAGAGAUUUACUGAGACAAUAAAAAGAUGUAAAAAAUAUGGCCUUCUAGAGAGAUGUAAACUUGUACCUUCUAGAUUAGCAACAGAAGAAGAAAUGAUGGUUUAUCAUACCAAAGAAUUAAUAAAUAUCUUAGAAAAGUCUCAAUUCCUGCCAUUAGAAGAAAUGAGAAAGUUAUCUCGACUGUAUGACUACCUCUACUUUCAUAAGGAUAUAUAUAACAAUGCAAGGCUUGCACUAGGAUGUACCAUAGAUUUAGUGGAACAGGUUGUAACAGGAAAGGUUUUAAAUGGAUUUGCAAUUGUUAGACCACCAGGUCAUCAUGCAAUGAGUAAUGAAUUCAAUGGAUACUGCUAUUUAAAUAAUGUGGCUACAGCAGCCAAGUUAGCUAUCAAGAAUCAUGGUCUGAAAAGGAUUUUGAUACUUGACUGGGAUGUUCAUCAUGGUCAGGGAAUACAGUAUUGUUUUUAUGAUAACCCAAAUGUGUUAUAUAUCUCCAUGCAUAAAUAUUUAGAUGGGAAGGAAUGGCCAUACUUACGAGAGUCAGAUUAUGACCACACCGGUGAAGGGGAUGGAGUCGGAUUCAAUGUUAAUAUACCUUUAAAUGUGAUAGGGUGUGGUGAUUGUGAUUACAUGGCUGUGUUUCAUCAGAUAAUUUUACCAAUAGCUUAUGAGUUUGAUCCAGAGUUAGUAAUAGUAUCAGCUGGCUUUGAUGCAGCUUUAGGUUGUCCAGAGGGUGAGAUGGAAGUUACACCUGUAUGUUUUGCUCAUUUUGUUAAUUUAAUUUCAUCGCUGGCUGGUGGAAAACUUUGUCUGGUGUUGGAGGGAGGUUACUGUAUAGACACACUAGCUGAAGGUGUAGCCUUGUCAUUGAGGACUCUACUAGGAGAUCCAUGUCCCAUGUUAGAACCUUUGGGAACACCACAUCCAAGGACUAGGGAAUCAAUAUUAAAUGUGAUUAAAACAUUACGACCACACUGGAAAUGUUUACAGUUUCAAGGACAUUUGUCAGAUUCUGUAGUGUCAGAAUUCAAGGGUGUACUUGAUUGGCCUCCUCAGAGGGAUGUCAAAUUUUACACCAAUGAGAGACCCCGUACCUUCUCCCUGAGUCAAGAAUGUUAUAAUCCUGAAUACUUAGAUGCAGAGGAGGAGCUAAAACUGAGAGUUGCUGAACUGAUGAAAAAGCCUCUACAGCCCUGUGCACCAAACAAAGUAUGCUUAGGCUAUUCAGAACAGUCACUAUUACAUAAAGAUAUAAGUAGUGGAGGCUUUGAAGAAUGUCCAGAAAGAUUACAACACCUCUGUAAAACCUUGAAGAAUAAAGGAUUAUGGGAUAGAUGUUUAAUAAUACCGGGAAGAAAAGCUACAGAUGAUGAAUUAUCACUUGCUCACAGUCCCGACUUCAUCAGACAGCUGAAGAAAACAGAGACAAUGGAGGAUGAUGCUUUAAUCAUAUACCAGUCUUCUUUUAAAUCUGUCUACUUUUGUCAGGACAGUUUCACAGCUGCUAGUUGGUCUGUUGGGACACUGCUUUCAGUUGUGGAUGAUGUUUUAACAGGACAGUCUCAGAGUGGUGUUGCCCUAAUUAGACCUCCAGGACAUCAUGCAGAGGCCAAUACUACAAUGGGAUUUUGUAUGUUUAAUAAUGUAGGCAUUGCUGCCAAAUACGCUCAACAAAAACAUAAUGUUAAUAGAAUUGUGAUUAUAGACUGGGAUAUACACCAUGGUAAUGCAUUACAGACGCUAUUUUAUGAUGAUACAAGUGUUUUAUACAUAUCACUUCACCGGUUUGAUAAAGGAUCAUUUUAUCCGUAUGGAGAGGAAGGAUACCACAAGUGUGUGGGUGGAAAGUCUGCUCAGGGAUACAAUGUCAAUAUUGCUUGGAACGAUGAAUCCAAGGGUGAUUCAGAUUAUGUAGCAGCAUUUCAAAAUGUAAUCCUUCCUUUAUGUUAUGAGUUUUCUCCAGAUUUGGUUUUAGUGGCUGCAGGUUUUGAUGGUGCUAAAGGAGACAAUUUAGGAAAUUACAGAUUAUCACCAGAACUGUUUGGUCACAUGACUAGUAUGUUAAAAGGGCUAGCUCAUGGUAAACUUAUUCUGGCACUGGAGGGAGGAUACAAUUUAGAAAUGACAUCAGAAUCAAUGGCCUAUUGUAUCUCCACACUGUUAAGUGACCCUCUGCCUUCUUUAUCUUCCAUGAUACCAAGUCAAAGUGCUGUGACAAGCAUUUGUGACACAAUAGAUAUACAAUCAGAAUUUUGGAAAUCCUUACAAUAUAGAGUUGACCUACCAACAGAAAAACAACUUGAAAUCAUAAAAGAACAGAAAGAAAAUUCAAUGAGAGAAUUUGAAGAACAGGAGAAUGAGGAUAAAGAAGAAGACAAAGAUUGAAAUUCCCACACUGUCAACACAAGAUCUUAGCCAAAGAUUGUUUCACAUACCUCAAUUCAUUUAAUCAUUAUUUAUAUUUCUUUUUUGUUGUUAGUUAUUUAUAUUCAUCUUAUAUACAUUUUAGGUAGAUCAUGGCUAAGACCAUAGAUAGAAUAUUUCAUAUGCUUCCAAACAUUGUUUUUAUCUUGUCUUUCCAAAUUAUACUAUAUAUGUAUGUGUUUAUGUCCCUGUGCUUAAGGUAUAGUCUUUGUUUUGUUAAAAUUAUAUUUUAUUUUGUAUAAAAGAAUUGAGUGAAAUAAUGUGAACAGACAUUGAAAACAGGUCAUUGAUAAAUCAUAUAAAUAUGUUUUUUUUAUAAUUUUUAAAUAUUCAGUACAUGUAUUACCAAAUUGACAAGAGUGAAAAUUUAUACUGUACCUUACAUUAACCAUUUCAAUUAAAAACUACAUGUAACUUAACUAUUGUAGAUAAUGAUACCACACAAUUUCAAAAUGGAAUAUAUUUUGUGCUUAUUUUGAGUUAUAUAUUAUCAAUUUCUAAAUUAAGAUUUAGAUUCAUUUUUCAUGUCAUAUAAAGUUACCGGUAAUGAGUAGUGAUAAAAUUCAGAAUGGAAAUCUUUAUUCUAAAACCAAUUUGCUAAGAACGUUUUUAUGACCAAAUGUGUUGAUUUGAGAUUGCUAUUACAUUAAAAGUAUAUAGUAGUGUCAUACAGAUUGAGCUUGUGUUUAGCUACAGAUGACAUAUUUUUCCCAAAAUAAAGGCCUUUUGAUUCAUAAAAUUUCAUAAGAUUGUACCUCUGUUAACAUUUCAUGUCUUGCCAGCUGGGAUGGACUUGGUGUUAAAGUCUUGUUGAUUUUUUUCUUAUGAUAAGUCUACCAGCUGGAGCAUUCCAAUCCUACUGACAAAUCUAGCUUUGCAUUUGUGCUUCCUCCAUAUCUUAUAUUUGUCAACUUCUUCAUGAGGUGAGCCUGAUCAGCAAUGAUGUGGAAAAAAACAUUUUCUAUACCUUGGUAUCAGUAUUCUCUCUACUUUCACUUUAUCAGUAUUACAUCCAGUCAUCAAAGUUUACCAUCCUGCUUAUUGAUUUUAGAAUCAUAGAUAAUCAGUUAAAAUUGCACAAUAUUUUUUUUAUAAUCUUCAUAAGUCGUUCAGUGAAUGGAUUAAAAAAUGUUGAAGCUGCAGUGCAGAGAAUAUUUAGGUGAGCCUGAUCAGGAAUGAUAUGGGAAAAACACAUGUCAAGGAAUUACUCAAAUUUUCUACGAAUUAUAUAAUUAUGUUAUAAAAUUUGAAUGUAGCCAUUGCCAUGAAAAUGAGAAAAGAUACCGUUUUAUUCGCUGCUAGACCCUUUUGCGAAAUAAACAAUCACAAAACAUACAUAGUCAUCUGACUACUGUAAUCACUAGCCAGUCAACACUGAGGUUGUGAGUUCGAACCAGCUCUUGCAGGUGCACUAGACUUCAAUCUUAAUUGAUUAUGAUUACCAGUUUUCCUGUCAAAGGUCAGUGGUUUUCUCCGGGCACUCCAACUUUCUCCACCAAUAAAAACUGACCGCCACUGAAUAGUCUAAAUACAGUGUUUAAAAGUGGCUUUAAAACACAGAAAACACAAAACACAAAAAAAAAAAAC